AUGUCUCGUCAUCAUCCCGAUCUCGUCAUGUGCCGCAAGCAGGCCGGCAUCGCCAUCGGUCGCCUCUGCGACAAGUGCGACGGCAAAUGUCCCGUAUGCGAUUCUUACGUGCGGCCCACGACCCUUGUGCGCAUCUGCGACGAGUGCAGCUUCGGCAACUACCAGAACAAGUGCGUCGUGUGCGGCGGUGAGGGCAUCUCGGAUGCCUUUUACUGCUUCGAGUGCACGCGCCUCGAGAAGGAUCGUGACGGUUGCCCGAAGAUUAUAAAUCUUGGUAGUUCAAGAACAGAUUUAUUCUACCAAAAGAAAACGAAUCGUACAACGCAAUAUUAA